UUUCUACGAUAAUCCACACUGCUUGUUUACAUGCAUACCAUUAUCCGCCGCGAUAAAUCACUUGAUAUCUUGCAAUGUCCACUUGACAUGAAGUGUGUACGUUGUUUUAUCAGCUCUCAGGAAAAAUUGGCUAACCUGCGAAAUGCCGGUCUAGGUUAAGCAGCGUCGUUUAUUUACAGCGGAAAAGCAGCUACAGUUGCCGACCAGCGUGUUGACAGGUCGCUGCGACGAUUAGCCGGUACUGGGUUCAAGUACGCCUGUCAACACUGCGCCGUAUGGUUUUCCAUUUGGAGAGACCAUUAAGGAAGCCCUGAUAGCGGUCUAAGUGUAUGCACGUCGAGAGGCGGUAAUAUAGUGCAGUCUGAUGAUGGACAAGAUAAUUAAAUAAAGACACGCGUCACUCCGCAACAAUCGCCGGCGUUCAUUACAGUUUUAUUACCCGUGGUUUAUAUUUACCUUAACAUUCGUUUGGAACGACAACAACGGAGUAUCUUAUUUGAGUAAAAUGGCAACACAGACGCAUGUGCAUGCGACGGCGGUGAAUGCGGGAGAUGCGCUGGCCAAGACGGCGCAACCGUGCUGGACGGCGUCGUUUCCGGUCCGCGCCGGGGACGUGCUGAUGCGCAACGAGCCCUGGUUGUAUUCACUGCAUCCGGAGAAUUUCCAGAAUUACUGCUAUCGAUGCUUCGUCCCGUUCUCCAACGAAUUCGCACUGGAUUUUGAUGAGCUUCAUAAGAAUGGGGAAUCUAAUGGAGGCGACAAGACUCAGUUUAUUCAGAAUAUUGUGUGCCCCGGAUGUGGAAUUGUACGAUACUGUUCCACAGACUGCCAGACUGCGGACAAAUCCCAGCAAUGGCGCCACGGAAGCGAAUGCGCUUUACUCAAAGCUCUCCGCGCCAAAGCCAUCGCGCCGCAGCAUGAUUUACUGCUCAUGCUAAAACUUAUCGCGCGCUUACAAAACUCCAACUCCGAUAACAAACUGAAAUCACCAAUGCUUUCGAACCGGAAGUUGUCGAUGGCCCGCUGCGAGCGUCGAGGGGGCGUGCCGGCUGCGUCCAACCACGCGACCGAACGGGAUUACGCUCGGCUGGUGUCGCACGCGGAGGACAUUCUCGGCAGUGAAGUGUGGAUGAAGGAUGUGCAACAGUUGCGGCAGUUGUUGGCCAUGCUGCUCUGGGAAGCCGAUGUGCCGGACUUACGCAAUUUGGCGGAAAUGUACGGGAAACUGAAGAUCAACUCCUUCGACAUCAGUGACAAGCACCAGCGCCGCCUGGGCGAGGGCGUGUACCUGGAGGGAUCGCAGUUCGACCACGCCUGCCAGCGCAACGCGGUGACCUACUUCGACGGCCUGACACUGGUCGUCAAGGCCAUCGACGACAUCGGCGACCUCUCGCAGGUUCGGCUGGCCUAUACGGAAAUCUUCACGACUACGGCCAUUCGGCAGCAGCAUCUCCAGAAGUGGUACUUCUUCCAGUGCACUUGUGCGUUAUGUGCCGAUCCACACAAGCAAGCGGAACUGGAAUGCAUCCUGUGCUGUACACCGGCCUGUCAACGCGCCAUUCCGUUAAGCUUCGACUUCGACCACCGCGAGGAAGACGCCUGUGCGGACUGCGUCAACUUUGUGGACAGUCAGCUGUCCCUUCUCGAAGUCAACAACGACGCAACCGCCGAUUCCGGUCCUUCCUGGAGCGAUUUCAGUUGGCAUGACGAGAUUGCGCAGCGCAUGCGCUUAACGCGCCGCUUGUUGACCAUUGACCAGCGACAGCACGAGAAGAUGCACCGCUUCUUGAAUGACGACUCGCGGACGGAACCGGGCGAACGGGAGAAAGUGUUGGAGGAGGUGGAGCAUCGCUGUCGGCGGAUGCUGGAGACGGCAGAGUUGCUGCUGCAUCCCGCCAACUGGACGCGCUGUCUCACGCACAACGUCUUAGGCAAAGUGCUGCUGGCUACUGGAAGCGAGGACAAGCGGAAAGAUGCCGCUGAGCAGUUCUCUUUAUCGCUGCCCGGAUUGCGACAAGGCGUAUGCGCUAAUGAUCCGCGUUUAGGACUGCAGCUGCUGCUGGCGGCUGUUCUGCCGUUAACCGUUUCUGAGUGGAAAGGGACUGAGCCAUCCGGGGGACUGUCGCCGGUGCGAACCUACGCCUACGAAGCCAAGGAGAUCUUUGCGACAUGCGCUGCGAAUGAUGACCUUCUCUAUCGCAUCGCGGAGAGCCUGUGCCGGUUAUGCGAAAAACGGCAUUUGCACGCCAGCGGCCACGGAAGUGCAUUGACAACGGAGAGCCAGGAAUCGCUGCGCAAGACGUUGAAAUUGCUGGCUGGAGUCGUUUGUCGUUCGUUGUUCCCGGUUAUUUAUUAAAUAACGGGCUCUUCCUACUGAUUUCACGUUGUCACGGUUGUUUUACUUAUUUAUAUGUACACAGAAUAAACUUCUAGUUCUGUCUUUUGAACUAGACUCUGGCUAUUGCUAAAUACAGGUUUACUGUGCAGUAAUCAGCGGUGAUUGUAAACCACAUUUUGCACGAGCGCGAACUACAGUAUAACUGGAAAAUGGUAUUGAAUUUGCGGAAUCGCAUAACUGAUAUUGGGCAAGUGCU